AUGGCGAAAAAUGCUGAAGAAGCUGCGCUUGAAUACAGACAAGCAUUGGAUGAUUUAAAAGACAAUAAUAAAAUGCAGAUUAAUUUGAUGACUAUCCUUGCCGAUGAUUAUAAUUCAUUUUCCAAGGAAAUUGUCGCUGUUAUUGCUCAACAGAUUAUGAAAGUUAUACCACCUCAGAAAUUGGCUGUGAUGUAUGUUAUGGAUUCAAUAUUGAAAAAUGUAACUGGUGCUGGUAACUACAAAGAACAUAUUGAAAAAAUUGUUUACAAAGUCUUUCUGCAUGUUUUUGAAACGGGUGAUGAAAGGACACGUUUGGCACUACAUAAACUCAGACAAACUUGGACAGGAAUAUUUCAACGUUCAACGUUGUAUAAAAUAGAUUUGGCUGUAAAUGCAAUUGAUCCAGCUUGGCCGAUCGUUACUCCUCAACCAGUUAACACUCCGGUAUCUGGAUCUAGGCCACAACCUGUUGUAAUGACGUCUCACCAACCUCGAGCAGCAGCAAAAGUUCAUGUCAAUCCACACUUUUUGCAGAAAAAUUCUGUUACAUCUACGUCUGCUACUACUACUACUACUACUACUACUACUGCUACUACCACUACUAUUAUUACUACUACUACUACUACCAGUGCUACUGUUGACAACAAAUUGCAAAUGAACUGUGAGAAGAAAAAGAUAGGUUUGGAUCCGAGAUUGAUGAAACAUUCUGAUGGAGCGACAACUACCAGACCAAUGCCAUUAGUUGCAUCUCAUCCGGCAAAUGUCAUCGUCAAGCAGGAGCCUAUCGACAGCAGUGAUGUUGAUGAAAGAUUAAAUACACAACAAACUGGGAACCUCUUGGAUAGUACAAGUGCUCGGAGUUUUGUACACAGAAAAGAACAUGAAUUCGGUAGACGUUCACCAAACGAUAUAAAACGUAAGUCUCCACCAUGUAUCUCUGAUGUGGAAACUGUGGAGAAGAAACCUCGAAUACGUACUCCACCUCAAGAAAGAGAUCGUCGUACGAAUUCGCCUUCAACAUCUUCCGCCAUAAUACGCCCAACAAAUGAUCUCGGUUCUCAUGCUUUCAUUACCACGGCACGACGCGCACAAGUGCCCUCCAGUACAAACAUGUUGACAGCACCGCCUACUCAAGUUAUGGUACCAGUCUCCGGACCAGUAAUUUUGCCUGCAAUUCCAUCAACCUCUGGCCCACUACCAUUUCUACCACCUAUAAUGCCAGCGGUACCUUUACCAAUGCCAGUUCCCAAUAUGGCUUCGAUUCUAGCAGGUUCUCCUGUCAUUUCUGCCUCCACAAAUCACCAAGAUUUAACACGAACCGAUUCAAACCGUGUACCACCAAUCAUCAAUAACGAAACUCCAAAGCUGGAAGGUAUUCCGGCAAAUAACAGAAUAUUUGUGGAUGGUCGGGCCUACGAAGUUUCAUAUAUUAAUGACGUUCCAGUUAUUGAAAGGAAUGGCUUGCCGCAUAGGAUCUAUUUUACGGGUGUGCCACGAAAUGUUAUCAUUGAUGGUGUCGCUUAUCAACUAGCAUUUGGUGAAGAGAAAAGAGUAAUAAUUGACGGUGAAGAACACGUUUUAAGAUUUGGUGCUCCAUCACGUGAACUGUAUAUGGGAACUUAUCCAUUCAAGGGUGCAUUUGGUGGUCCACCGAUCUUUGCUACGAUUAACGGAGUACGCCAUGAAAUAAGAUUGGGUGGACCUCCACCAGAAGUUAAAAUUGAACCUGAUCCAUGUUAUGAACUACUACGAUAUAUGCCUCGUAUAGGAGCUGAAACGUCGAACAAAACUGCAGCCUCAAGUGGAACCGAACCUCACGCAGCCGUUGAUGUUAAAGGUUUGCUUGCCAAACUACAGCGUACCGGAAUACUUUCUGCUUUGAAUGUGAAUAGCAGAAGAGAUGAAACAGGAGGAGGAGAUUCACCUAAUCGAUCUGUUACACCACCUAUUCCUUCUGAACAUCGUGGUGAGGUAACCGAAAGACUGCCGAAACCGCCAACUGAUCUUAAAUCUUUCUCGAUGCGUGCUCUCAGAAUACGGUAUACGUCUGUUGUGGAAAGCCUUCAUCAGAAAAGACGUCUUUGUCCUAAUUGCGGUUUACGCUUUAGUGAGCUUAAGGGUGAAAGGUACCAGCAGCAUCUUGACUGGCAUUUUCGUGAAAAUCUAAAGUCAAAUGAAAGUUCACGUUGCCGUGAUUGGUACUUGCCGGUUGAUGAAUGGUAUGAAUUUAGCGAACAAGAGGAAUUAUCAGCAUCGACAUCAGCAACUCGUCUUGCUGGUGCUGGGUCUAAUGAUGCAGCAAAAGAUGCAAAUAGAGGGACAUAUAGCAUACCAUCUGACUCAGUUCCAUCUAAGGAAUGUGGUGUAUGUAAAGAAAAAUUUGAAGAAUAUUGGGAUGAAGAUGAUGACAUAUGGAAACUUCGGGACUGUAUGCUUGGCCAGGAUGGCAGAAUAUUCCACCCAGGUUGUAUACUGGAUGCAUCAGUCAUCCGAAUACCAGAAGAUGAUAGCCCGAGUGAAGAAGAGCAAAAUGAUAAGUUGUCAUUCCUAAAACCUUUGAAAUUAAAAAAAGAUUUUCCUUCUCUGGAUAGUUGA